CCCGCGACGGCAGGACUUGGAUGGGCGAGAACCAUCAUUGAGAACAUGGACAUCUCGAUUAGCACAGCUUCGGACGUCGCAAGUGAAACUGCAAACGCGACAGUUCAAGUGGUGCAGAACGCUAGCGGGAGUUACGGAUGUCUGUCCUGCGAUUCAGGCUUCAACAGCAUCGAUGAACUACUGGUGCACAUCGUUGCCUGUCACGAGGACACACGUCGGUUACCUGAUGCGGUACCCGGUACAACUGCUACUCACGAUGACGCAGUGCGUGGAUUGCCUGGUUUGGGAAAGAAAUACGUCGUCUGUCGUUACGUCACCGGACCCCGGGUUGCACACCGUGGACACAUAACGUCACACGAGCCGGCACCUGCAGAGGCACUUUCAAACGACCUCCUACAGGGCUUGGACAACCAGUGUGUCGUCUGUAGCAAGACAUUCCACUCGUGGUGUCCACUGUGGGCACACAUGCAGACGCACGAUUCGGCUCCUUCAGAUCCAAGAUUACUGGACGCGUGCCGCUUGGCGGACGGAACUAUCCAGUGUCUUAUCUGCGGUGUAUUCCGAGACAACAUGAGCCGUCUGCGCCAUCACUACAGGUGUCACACCGAUGUUCAUCCUUUCAACUGCCCAAAAUGUCCACGUGCAUUCAAGACGGCUUAUCGCUUCAUCGCCCACUUCAAGAGAGCCCACACGUCACACGCCCGGAUUUAUCGAUGUGAGCUGUGCGAUUUCACGACCUCCUACGCGCACUUACUACGCAGACAUCGACUGGAACACGAUGGAAUCGUCCAGACAGAACGUUGCGAGGUGUGCUUCAAGAUGAUCGGGAAGACCAAACUCAGGUACCAUUACCUCAUUCACACAGAAGAGAAACCGCACGUUUGCAACGUGUGCGGCAAAGGUUUCCGCAUGGGAACGCAUAUGAGACGACAUAUUGCUUCCGCACAUUUGGGCAUCAAGCGCACGUACAAACGCAGAGAUUGUCAAGUGUGUGGUGUGCGGAUACUUUCCGAAAACUUGGAGUCGCACAUGCGGCGUCACACGGACGAACCGACGGAUACCUGCUGCAUCUGUGGGAAGCACUUUUACAGCCUCAAGAGGUACAACAUACACAUGGAGAGGAUGCACGUCCGCAUCAAGAACCAAAGGUGCCCGGUGUGCCAGAAAGCGUUUUACGAUACCUCGGAGGUGUCUCAACACAUGCCGGUGCACGUGGACGAGAAGCGGUUCAAGUGCGAAGUGUGCGGGAAGGAGUUCAAGUGGAAGCAUAAGGUCGGGGACCACAUGAAGACGCACAGUGAGGAGCGGCCCUUUAAAUGUGACCUCUGCGGAGAAGCGUUUAAGUGGAAGCAUAAUCUGGCCAACCACGUGCGAGCCAAACACAAGUGAACCCUGUGCUCGAUCUUAACCACUUUCCCUUCGUUGGGCAACAGUAUAGUGAUACAAGAACACAUGAAGAUCCGUGCGUUAUUGGUGCGGGUAACGUAACAGCGAAGAAACAGGGACUGACAGCAUCCACUCCACGAUGUGAAGAUGGGUCAAUGCUGUAUAAUGCACAAUGCUGUACAAUGGGUCAAUGUAAUAGUCUUCUAUUGAUCUGCUA